GCCCGGUGCAUGCACUUACCUUGUGCCUACCCCUCGGUUGCCUGUUUUGACGUGAACGGGGAGAGAGAGACAGAGAACAAAAUCCUUGGUAUCUGACACUUCGUAAGAAGAUUGGUUGAGACUACCCACUCGACCUUCUCCUUUCUGGAGGUCAGGUUGCUUGAGAUAUCUUCCCUACUUCUGUGCCUGAAAGGCUGAAACCCUGGGGAGUUUAUUUGGAUUUGCCGUUUCCUCUAAUUUUUGCCCAUCUGAGUCGAAUUGGUGUUCUGGGAUUUCUUGGGGUUUGGGCCUGGCUGUUGUUGUGGGCAAUAGAUGGCUAAGAAGAUCAAGUCUGAUGGAAGUGGUAUCGAUGAAGCAAACCGGACCAUGUACGCCGCCUUUUGCAAUGCUGCAAAUUCCCUAUCUCAGCUUUAUACUCAGGCUGAAAGUCAGCAGAAACUGGCAUUCCAAGCUGGGGAACGCCAUUCCUUGGAGAAAAUGUAUCAGUGGAUUUUGAGGCAAGAGGAAGAUGGAAAAAGAAUUACUGCCUCAGAUGUUAUCUUUCGUCUUCAGGAAUUCAAUUACAUUGGGGAGAUCUCCUCAAUGCCUCUUGGAUAUCAAUGGCAACAGCCACAAAAUCUGAACUCACAUAUGUGCCAUCCUACUCUAACCACUCAAACGGACUACGGUUCAGUUGAGCUAUCAACAGGUCAGACCAUGAGGCCACUAAGUAUGGAGCAGACAAGGCAGUCUGUAUGUGUCAAUGUUCUCCCCUGUCCUGCAAGGAAUCAUGCUCAACUUAGUCAAAUGACAUCACGAGCAGGACUUGAACCUGGCCUAGAAAAUGGAGGAUUUGAUCCUGAGAAGUGCAGUUCACCAGAUGGAAUGGGUCAUGUCUCCUCUACACAUAAUUUUUUACAAUAUGCACAUCAAGUUCAUGAGGUUGGCAUUCUCGAUUUCCAUGAAACGGCAAUGGACAUAUAACAGAAGUCCUUUCCCAUGGAUAUCAUCCAUGAUGUUGUGGAUCUUCUUCGUACUAGAAAUGGUUACUGAAGAGUAGGCUAUAAAGAUGGAAAUUAGCCGGGCUGCUUGUGUCUGGUGCUACUGCAGUUUGCAGUUUUCAUAGUUCUUUAAAGUUGCGGAUAUGGUUUGCGUACAGGUGUUCAAGAAUGCAGUCACACAUGAUCAGAGAGAGCCUCAUCCAGGAUGGUACUGAGGAGAAGCUUGGGCUGGCUUAGUUCAUGUAUCAUCUAAAUAUAGUUUGACUUUUACUUGGCUGGACUUAUGAUAGUGAAUUUGCAGUUCGAUUCUGCUUGAAAUUUUUGAAACGUAAGUCCGUCCAGCUGAUUAUUUUAUUUUCUCCAUUUACUGUUCAAAAUUCUACAUGUGACCCAUGGAAAUUGUGAUUGAAGUGAAGAUCAUCUCUUUUUUCA